GGGGCAGCAAGCAAUGCGGCAGAUUUGUUUUAUAUUUAUUUGAUCCAGUGAAUGAUUCACAUAACAAACAAUAAUAUAAGGUCGUGAUUUCAUUUUCUCCUAGAAAAAGAGCGUGCGAAAAUCAUUCUUUAAUAUAUAGUCGAGCAAGCAAAGAUCAAACAUUUCAGAAGCAGAUAAUGGAGAAGAGGCCGCCUGCACUAGCUCUUAGGCCGCUGAAGCUGACGCUGCUGCUGUUGCUGUGGUUGAUUGCGUUUCCGGCAGCUAAGGCUUGCCCAUCAGGCGGCAGCCGAUGCAGAAGUUGCCCACCGGAUGGCAGUCAAUGCAGAAGUUGCAUAGUAAAUCAGAUGAAGUUCGGCUGCCCAGAAUGCACGCCGGUUCUGCGCUGUAUGGCUCGAUGCUUGUGGGGCGGCAGCUCGAGGGCCAACUGCAUCAAGAACUGUGAUUGUGGCACCCCGAAGCUCUCCGACUGCAAGAGGUGCAUGUCACGCUGCAAGUGCAGCUGCGUGUUGUGGUAGAUGAGCGUUCUCAAGAAGAACAACAAAGCCUGUAUGUUUCUGUUUGACGUAUGAAGUUUAUGAUUUAUGAAUUCUGAAAUCUGUCUUUCUCAUGUUCAUUUCAUUGUUAACGUAUGGAUAUUCUAAAUUGCUCUAAUUUAAUUUAUCAAAAUCUGAGUUAUGGGCGCAAGAGAAUGAGCGCACUACUCUAACCCGCUAGGUUUAAUACACAUCUACUUAAGCUACACCUUUUAGUUUUUGUAACGUGAAAUAUUAUCUUUUAUAUUUUUCCCAUCUAACCGAUGAACUCAUUUUUCUACUUGCAAAUAACGGGUCUUUACGAUAUUUCAUAAUUAAAACCGUUGAAUUUAAGUGCAUGGAGAAUAAAACUAUAAAAA